AUGGCCGCUAUUACUUCCAUCAAGGCUCGUCAGAUCUUCGAUAGCCGUGGCAAUCCAACCGUCGAGGUUGAUAUUACUGUCUCCGAUGGCACUUUCGCUAGAGCCGCUGUUCCUAGCGGUGCAUCCACUGGUAUUUAUGAGGCUCUUGAGCUAAGAGAUGGAGGAUCUGACUAUCUUGGAAAAGGUGUAUCAAAGGCUGUUGACAAUGUGAACACCAUCAUUGCCCCAGCAUUGAUCGGAAAGGACCCAACUAAGCAGACUGAGAUUGACAACUUCAUGGUUCAGCAGCUUGAUGGAACUGUUAACGAGUGGGGUUGGUGCAAACAAAAGCUCGGGGCAAAUGCCAUAUUGGCAGUGUCUCUUGCAGUGUGCAAAGCUGGUGCUGGAGUCCUAAAAAUCCCUCUUUACAAGCAUAUUGCAAACAUUGCAGGCAACAAGAAUUUGGUUUUGCCUGUUCCAGCUUUCAAUGUCAUUAAUGGUGGAUCACAUGCAGGAAACAAGCUUGCUAUGCAGGAGUUUAUGGUUCUUCCUGUGGGAGCCUCCUCUUUCAAGGAAGCCAUGAAGAUGGGUGUGGAAGUCUAUCACCAUUUGAAGGCUGUGAUUAAGAAGAAAUAUGGUCAAGAUGCAGUAAAUGUUGGUGAUGAAGGUGGUUUUGCCCCUAACAUUCAGGAGAACAAGGAAGGUUUGGAGUUGCUAAAAUCUGCCAUUGAGAAAGCCGGAUACACUGGCAAAGUGGUCAUUGGAAUGGAUGUUGCAGCUUCCGAGUUCUACAAGGAAGACAAAUCAUAUGAUUUGAACUUCAAGGAAGACAACAAUGACGGCUCACAGAAGAUAUCUGGAGAGGCUUUGAAAGAUCUCUACAAGUCAUUUGUGUCAGAGUACCCAAUUGUUUCAAUUGAGGAUCCUUUUGACCAGGAUGACUGGGAGCACUACGCCAAGAUGACUGGUGAGAUUGGAACCAAUGUGCAAAUUGUUGGUGAUGAUCUCUUGGUUACCAACCCCAAGAGGGUUCAGAAGGCAAUUGACUCUAAAGCAUGCAAUGCUCUUCUGCUCAAGGUGAACCAAAUUGGAUCAGUGACUGAGAGUAUUGAAGCCGUGAGGAUGUCCAAAAAGGCUGGAUGGGGUGUCAUGACCAGCCACCGAAGUGGAGAGACUGAGGAUACCUUCAUUGCUGAUCUUGCUGUUGGUUUGUCAACGGGUCAAAUUAAGACUGGAGCUCCAUGCAGGUCAGAGCGUCUUGCCAAGUAUAACCAGCUCUUGAGAAUUGAGGAGGAGCUCGGUGCUGAAGCAGUGUAUGCUGGAGUUAACUUCCGUACUCCUGUUGAGCCCUACUAA